GGUAUCCCGAGAAAGCACAAGGUUAAGCCGGAUAGACCUAUUGCAAAACAUGAAAGGGUAUCCCGAGACUUGGUAGUUCGGCCAUGCUUAACAGAGACACAUUCAGGAUUGACGCACAUCAAACUACCCUUUGUUCAUCUUUUGAUCGCCUUUCCAUUCUUUUCUUCGACUGAUCAAGGGUGCUCUAAAUGCUUGAAACAGACGAUGCAGGUCUGA